UCCCUGACAGUCCAAUCAAAACACUCAAAACAACCAACCCGGUUCGUUCCCACGCUCAUGACUCUUCUGUCACCAACUCUAAGAGUCACAGCCGUCCUCCUUACCCCCGAGAACCGCUUUUCUGAGUCGGUUGACUCGGUGCCCGCCCGUUUUCUGAGUCACCGCAACAUAUAUAUAUAUAUAUAUGCCAAUUAGCGAAUACAUCGUCGUUGUUGUUUCAGAUUUUUUUUUCUUUUUUCUUUCUUUUUUCUUCGCUCUCAAACUUCUUUCGUGGAAAAUUUUAUAGAGAGAGAAAACAAAACCUAGAGAGAGAGUCUACGGAUAUUUUCACAUGUAUGUUGUAUGAGCGGGAGCCUUGACUCCUCAGCGGUGGACUCUGUCAUGGAGGAGGACAGCACCACAAAAACUCAAUAUCUCAGUGGAAGAAACCGACGAAAGAAGAAGCGACGCGACGAGGAGGAGAAAAAUGGAGGAGGUGAUACAGAGGACGAGGAAGAGGAGGAGGAGUAUGACACGGAGGUCUGGGGCUUGCUAAGCAAGAGCUUUAAGCAGGUGCAAGCCGUGCUGGAUCAGAACAGAGAGCUAAUUCAGAUGGUGAACGAGAAUCACCGGUCAUUGAUCUCCGAAAACCUGGCCAAGAAUCCGGCCUUGAUUCGCGAAAUUAACGGCAAUAUCUCGAAGGUACUCUCUCUUUACUCCGAUUUAUCGGUGAAUUUCUCGAGUAUUGUCCGUCAACGGAGGAUUAAGGACGAGACUGCAGCUCAGAGUCAAGGCUCCUAAUCGCUCGGUGGCAUUUCUAGUAAUUCCGAUCAUCUUUCUCGUUGAUUAAAUAAAAAAUAAAUAAUUGAGGAUUUGGUUGCUGGCUUUAGGAUCUGUUUCUGCGUCAGUUUUUGUUGAGGAAACAAUCCAGUCAUUGUUUUCUCUGUUUCGUGUCAGGUUUGUUUGUUUGUUUGUUUCUGUUUAGUAGCUGGUUUCGAAGUUUAGGUCGGGAGGAGUGGCGACGAUUAUUCAGUGGUUUAACAUUUGGUAUUUGUUGUUAUUGUU